AUGGUCCUCACCGAUUACACGUACGUCUUUGCCAUUGGCACGUGCUUUGCGCUGCUAGAAGCCUACAACAAUGGUGCCAACGAUGUGGCCAAUGCCUGGGCAACCAGUGUGUCCUCCCGGUCGGUGACGUACCGGCAGGCCAUGGUUCUGUGUCUCGUCUUCGAGAUGCUUGGCGCCUUGACGGUCGGCGCCCGGACAGCCUCUACGAUCAAGAACGGCAUCAUCCCAGUCUCAGCGUUCCAAGAUAACGCGGGCGUUCAGCUCCUUGCGUUUGCCUGCGCAGCCGCUGGUGCUUCCCUCUGGGUCAUGUGGUGCACUCGUCAUUCUGCCCAUGUCUCCUCAACAUAUUCUCUCAUUUCCGCUAUUGCUGGCGUCGGCGUUGCGACCGUGGGCGCCUCCGGCGUUCAAUGGGGAUGGAACGAUGGCAAGGGCCUAGGUGCUAUUUUCGCCGGCCUGGGUAUGGCGCCUGCCAUUGCCGGAUGUUUCAGUGCCAUCAUCUUCAUGCUCGUCAAGGUGGUUGUCCACCAGCGCAAGAACCCAGUUCCCUGGGCUGUGUGGACGUCGCCUUUCUUCUUCCUCAUCGCCGGCACGAUUUGCACGCUCUCGAUUGUCUAUAAGGGUUCCCCUAAGCUGGGGCUUGACAAGAAGCCCGCGUGGUAUAUCGCUGCCCUGACCCUCGGCGUCGGUUGGGGCCUGUUCGUCUUGUCGGCGUUGUUCUUCGUGCCUUAUGUGCACGCUAAGGUCAUCAAGAAGGACAACUCUCUGCGAUGGUGGGACGCCAUUUAUGGCCCUCUCCUCUUCAGCCGACCGGCACCCACCAAUGCGGAGGAAGCCAAGGUUCCGAACUACGCGGUCAUCCAACACUCAGAUGACGAGGAUGAGGCUUCCCAGGCAGGCUCCCAAGAAGGCGGUGUGCUCGACGACCCCAAGGAGAAGGUCGUCAGCGAGAACCCCGACCUUCGCGCGAGACACACCACCCCAAAGGUCGCCCCUGAAACCAGCGAGAGGGAGAAGAAGCUCAUCCUCGCCGAGUACAGCCAGCACCAUUACCAGCAGAUGCUGCGAGACGCCGAAGAGCGUCACCACGCCAAGCUCCGAAAGACCCGCGGCCCUCUCGGCUGGGCCAUGCGAACACUUCACGCGAACCCCAUAGGUGUCGGAUCGAUCCACGAGACUCAUAACCUCAUCGCCCUGUGCAAGCGUAUUCCUGCCAUGAUCGUGGUUGGCGCCCUCUACGGUACUCAUUACGACAUUCACACGGCGCAGAUUGGCAUUGAGGGCACUCCCGAGGGCAUCCGUAUGGCGCGCGUCUACAGCCUCGCCAAGAAAUAUCCCAACGAGGUUGAAUACCUUUACUCAUUUGUGCAGAUCAUCACGGCUUGCACUGCCUCCUUCGCCCACGGCGCUAACGACGUCGGCGAAGCUAUCGGUGCCAAGGCACCUGUUCCCCUCUGGCAGAUUGCGGUCAUGGCUGGAACAAUCUGCAUUGGCUUCAUCACCUACGGAUACAACAUCAUGAAGGUCAUGGGCAACAAGAUCACCUACCACUCCCCCAGCCGAGGUUCCUCCAUGGAGAUGGGAGCUGCCAUUACGGUCCUCAUCUUCUCACAAUACUCGUUGCCUGUCUCUACGUCGAUGUGCAUCACGGGUGCCACCGUCGGCGUUGGUCUCUGCAACGGCACUCUGAAGGCUGUCAACUGGAAGCGAGUUGGCCUCCUGGUCUUCUCCUGGGUCAUGACUAUCCCGAUUGCAGGUCUGAUCGGUGGCUGUCUCAUGGGCAUUUUGCUCAACACACCUCACUUCUGA